ACUAGACUAGCUAACAGUAAAUUGGCCAAGAUUGAAUGAAGUGUUUCUGUGCGUAGCAAUGGCAAAACAACAGAACUCUACAAGUUAAUCUAUUGGGGAGCAAAUUAUAAAGACGGAUGAAUACGAGCACUUCUUGUCCUCACUUUCAUUAAGGAAAUACUUAACCAUGGAAGCUGUCAGUGGCCUCACAGCCCCCACUCCUUUGGCAGCCCCUCCCCCUGACAUUUUGCAGUCAGAGCCUUGGAUGGGAUCUGUUACUGCAGACAUAUAUGAUCAGUCUCUGUCUGAGGAGUAUUCGUUGACAGUAGACCUGCCUGUCCGUGACUCCUCCUACGAGUGCUCGCUCUGUCUCAAAAUGUUCGGGACGGCGAACUCACUCAGCAAACACCUUCUGACGCACCAGCAAGAAAGACCACAUGUGUGCUCCAUCUGCCAGCGAGCUUUUAAACGUCACGACCACCUCAGUGGCCACAUGCUGACUCAUCAGAAACGCAAGCAGUUUCCUUGUGCAGAGCCUGGAUGUCGGAAGAGCUACUAUGACUCUCAUUCCCUGAAGCGCCACUAUAUGUCUCAGCAUAUCUCCCCCUUCGUCGCUCCCAUUACCCAGUGUGUCCCUCCUCCAGCCCACUCUGCCAAGACCCAGUGGGAGCCUGUGGAAAGACCUGCUGGAUUCUUUGAAGGCUCAGCAGACACAUGUAAUUACCACUCACUGUUCCUCUCUCCGCCACAGGCUAGAUCAGACAAACUACAGCAUGGUUCUGACUAUUCUGCCUAUGCCAGCUACAAUAGCAACGAAAGUUUACCUCCCCCGGAUGGCUCGCUGGUGAAAAGCUGCCUAGAGCCCAACCUGUCUCAGCCUAAGUCUGUGUUAGUUCUGGCACCAUGGAGGCAGGGAUCUGAUAAAGGUCCUUGUAAUGACUGUACAGGGGAACUACAUCCAUCCCAGUGGAACCCUGACCCCCAGGUCCAGGAGAAGGCCCAGACCCAGGUCCACUUCGGCAGCAUGACAGGAUUGGAAGGCCCAGGCACUCAAAGCUGGGACAGUAGAAUCGACAUCCCUGUCUCUGACCUCCAAGCGCUGGAGGAAAUCAUGUCAUAUGACCCGUGCAGUGGGGCAGCCAAUGCCGGAAUAGACAGCACAGUGAUGCCCUUUGCAGCAACAGACAUACCCUCUCAGUCCAAACAACUCAACGUAGUAAAACAGACAUAUAGCCAGAUGAGCUCUGAAGGUAAACCCCAGGAUAAACUUCAGCUUUAUCCUUUUGAAAACACAAAGUCCUCCGCAUGCUCCAUUUCUAUCAUACCCGCCAAGCCCGUUCUCCGCGCCGCUCACAGCUUCACUCAGUCAGCCCUCCCAAACCAGCCCAACCCCGGUGGGCCACCCCCGCCUAUCCUCCCUCCUGUCCUCUACAGCAUGGUGAAAUCAAAGGCGUGUCUAGACAGGGUGGACAUGAAGAAGAGGAGCGAGAGGCGCAAGAAGUUGCCGACGGCACAUCUCCCUGCUCCGCCUCUCCCCCCCGUCCCCCCCGCCUCCACCCUCCUAGCUCCACGGCGGCCCCGGCCUCGCCCGCUCCACCUGGUCUCCCCCAGCCAGGUGGCCAUGGCCUCUUUCUCAGACAGCUCAGCCUGCCAGCACGUCAAGGCAGGAAAUACCAGUGUACUAGGAGAGGGACCAGAUGCUAGUGAGUGGAGGAUUCCAAACUUCCCACGUGCAAACAAGGCUUCAGGAGGACCAAGUGGAUCGUCAGUCAAAAUAGAAUCACACUCUCCUGAGAGUGAAGACUCAGGACCACAGGGGGAGAGGUCUCCCGCUAAAUACAUGGCUCUGUCUCCGCUGGUCAUUCCAGUCUCAGUCCCUGUCACGACAGAUCCUGACUUGGCAUACAAGGAGCGAGAAGACAGCACUCGUACUCCAGACGCUCAGGGCUGCUCCGGGAGGGUGCGGGGGAACCGCCGCCUGGACUUCAUGAAGAGCCUCAUCAUCCCCCCUCCCGCCCCGCGCCGACUCCCGGCCGAGGAGGCGAUGGGGGGCGCGUGGGGCCGCGGUGCGGGCUGCUACACUAGCCAGCUACGCUCCCCGAUGUACCUAGUGGACCACCUGCUGAACCCCAGCUCUCAGCCCCCGCCCUACACCCCCCCACCUAUGCUGAGCCCGCUCCGUCCCGGGACAGGCCUGUACUUCAGCACCCUGCCCCCCCUUCACCCCUGCCCUCCACCCAGCACCUACACAGCCACACUGGAUGGAGUUGAUGGGAUCUCCUUGGAGAUGGACGACACAGUUGUCAGUAUAAAACCGAGGAUCAACGUGGGCCAGCGCUUCCAGGCAGAGAUCCCUCCCACGCGCAACGUGCUCCUGAUGCUGUACGACGAGCACCCUGCCCAGCUGGUGUGGGCUCCAUGGGGAGACACGUCCACCAACACAGACACACAGAAGAGGGUGGAAGAACUGCUGGAUCUGUGCUGUUCCAGCGUGCUGCCAGGAGGGGGCACUAACACAGAGCUGGCUCUCCACUGUCUGCAUGAGGUUCAGGGAGACAUUCUGGCUGCACUGGACCUGCUCUUGAUGAGAGGAGACUACCGUUCUUCCACUCACCCCUUGAGUGACUAUCAUUACGCAGGGUCCGAUCAUUGGACCCCUCUGGAGAAGAGACUAUUCUGUAAAGCUCUGCUCACACAUGAGAAAGACUUCCAGCUGAUUCACAGUGAGUUGCAGACCAAGUCUGUGUCCCAGUGCGUGGAGUACUACUACGGCAUGAAGAAGAUCAAGAAGUUCAAGCCACGAUCAAGCAACCGAGGAUCCGACAAGAAGGAAGGAGCUGAAACUGAGUCGUCUCCAGAGCACACCGAGGACAAUCCACUUGGACGACGAGGGUCCAGAAGGAGGCUACUGAGACCGGACUACAGGGCCAUGGGCCUGCUGGAGGAGAACUCGGCCUCUGGAGGUGCCUUGGAGUACACCUGUCGGGAGUGUGGGCGGGUCUUUGACCGGGUGAAGAGCCGCAGCGCUCACAUGAAAAGCCACAGGAAGUCGGAGAGGCAGUGGCUGUCCAGGUCCAGCUGGUCCACAGCCUGCCCUGCAGACGAGCCCCCCCAGGAGCCCACGCUGUCCAGGUCCAGCUGGUCCACAGCCUGCCCUGCAGACGAGCCCCCCCAGGAGCCCACGCUGUCCAGGUCCAGCUGGUCCAUAGGCUGCCCUGCAGACGAGCCCACGCGCAGCCCCCACACCUCGCCUACGCUCUACUCCUCCAGAGGGAUCCUCUACACAUAGUUCAACUGACACCUCAGUCUGUGUUUUAUACUGACAAGUGAACUUUCACACGUGGCAAAGUUGUGUUGUACUUGCCAGUAUUUUGUCAGUAUUUUGUAAGAGGCUUUUAAUUUAUUUUAGGGAGUAUUCUUUUAAAAUUAUGUUUUAACAAUCAAAUGAAAAAGAAGGGGAGAUCAUUCAAAUUAGAGCACGCUGCAAAGAUGUAAUGUUGCAUUCCAACUGUUGGACAGGUUAAGGUAGUCCAUGUUGUUGUUUUAUUCUCUAAACCAUAUUGUUUGUUACAACAAGAGCAAGGAAAAACUUGCCCAAUGCCUUGGGGCUUCAUUUAAUAAUCAAUAUUUUAGUACAGGGAAGAGAGAUGUUUUAUUUUUAGGCAGUUUACUUAGCUUUAGCAAUAAUUCAACAACACAAAUUCAGAUUUUAAACACAUAAGUGCUAAUAUUGUUACUGUUCUCUUACACCUGAGAUAAUGAGGAUGGUAUGACUUCAACAGCCUCACAUAUUAAGUGGCCUGCCAGAGUUUACUUUUAUCCACAGUUAAGGAACACUUUACUCUCUGAACUCUGUUCUGUCAUUGCGAGUGUUGAUACGUUUAUUGUUUUAUAAUAAAUAACUUCAUGCCUCUA